GCAGCCACUUCGUCGAAGCUUCACUGGAAUUCCACAUGGUUUUAUGGCAAUGCUGUCUUAUAUUAUGCGUACAGGUACCACCAAGCAAGUGUGCACCCAGCUCAAGUGGCAGCCCAAGUGGAUGCAUAGCUAGUGCUUUCCUAGUCAGCAAUCUUGACUACCCCCGUCAGUCAGCUGAACAUGCCAAUCUGCUUGUUCACAUCACACUACUGGUCCUCUUCCAUUCUAUAUAUGCAUCGGCUUCUUCCUCCGAAUAGCAGAGCAGAGCACAUCCACACUCUUCUCCAUGUCUCUCCUCUGGAUAUUAUCACUCGGGCUUCUCCUCUUGCACGUUCCUCAUUGGUGCUCCUCCUCUGCAGCUGCAAGCGAUACCCUCACGGCGGGCCAGUCACUCGCCGUCGGCGGCAGCAAGCUCGUCUCGGGGAACGGCAAGUUCGCACUCGGCUUCUUCCAGCCAGCAGCAGGCACCAUCAGGAUCAGCCCAUCACUGGCACCAGCCUUAACCAAACACAGCUCCAGAUAUCAAGCGAUGGCAAUCUUGUCAUUGUAAACAAUGAUUCCGUAGUUUGGUCCACUCGCAUUGUCAAUAAUAGGACACAGGCCAGGAGCAUAAACACCAUUGCUAGUGCUGCUGUUCUCUUGAACAGUGGAAACCUUGCCCUUACAGUCACAGAGAGCCCAUCAUCAUCGGACCUACCGUUGUGGCAGAGCUUCGAUCACCCAACAGAUAUUGUGCUUCCUGGUGCCAAGGUUGGCCGAAACAAGAUCACUGGUUUGAAUCGUAAGGGCGUCUCAAAGAAGAGCCUCAUUGAUCCGGGUCUCGGCUCGUACAGCGUUGAACUAGACAUCAGCGGGGCGGUUGUCCUCAAACGCCUAAACCCCUCUGUAGUGUAUUGGCAUUGGGCAUCCUCCAAAACAUCAUCAUUGAAACUUAUACCAAUACUCAAGUCCAUUCUGGAUAUGGAUCCACGGACCAAAGGUUUGAUUAACCCAGCAUAUGUUGACAACGACCAAGAGGAGUACUACAUGUACACCUCACCAAAUGAAUCAUCUUCCACAUUUGUCUCACUUGACAUCUCUGGUCAGAUAAAGCUGAAUGUUUGGUCGCAAGCCAGCCAGUCUUGGCAAACCAUAUAUGCCCAGCCCGCCGAUGCCUGCACUCCGGCCGCUACCUGUGGAGCUUUCACAGUAUGCAACGGCACUGCACAACCAUUCUGUGACUGUAUGGGGAGCUUCUCUCAGAAGUCACCGCGGGAUUGGAUGUUUAAUGAUCGAACAGGAGGGUGCAUCAGAAAUACACCGUUACACUGCAACACUAGCAGUAACAACAAAAACAUGACAAGUUCAACAGAUAUAUUCAACCCCAUUGCUCAUGUUACGUUGCCCUACAACCCACAAAGCAUAGACGUUGUUACCACACAGAGCAAAUGUGAAGAAGCUUGUCUCAGUUCCUGCUCCUGCACUGCUUAUGCCUAUAGCAACAGCAGAUGCUCUGUCUGGCAUGGGGAAUUGCUUAGUGUAAAUCGGAACGAUGGCAUUGAUAAUACUUCUGAAGAUGUUCUAUACCUCCGCCUUGCCGCCAAAGAUUUGCCGCCAAGUUUGAUGAAGAACAAAAGAAAAUCAAACGUUGGAGCUGUUACCGCUGCAAGCAUUAUUGGUUUUGGGUUACUAAUGCUCAUGGUGUUGUUACUGAUUUGGAGGAACAGAUUCAAGUGGUGUGGUUUGCCUUUGUACAGCAAUGAAGGUAGUUCUGCUGGGAUCAUAGCCUUCAGAUACACCGACUUAGUUCGUGCCACUAAAAACUUCUCAGAAAAGCUGGGAGGAGGUGGUUUUGGUUCUGUAUACAAGGGAGUAUUAAGUGACUCGAAGACUACGGUAGCGGUGAAAAAGCUUGAUGGUGCCAAUCAAGGGGAGAAGCAAUUCAGAGCUGAGGUGAGCUCAAUUGGACUGAUCCAACAUAUCAACCUAGUCAAAUUGAUUGGUUUCUGCUGCGAAGGUCAUCACAGAUUACUUGUGUACGAGCACAUGUUCAAUGGGUCUCUUGAUAGUCAUCUAUUUAAGAAGAGCAAUAAUGCUGAUGCUGCUGUCCUAAACUGGAACACCAGAUAUCAGAUAACCCUAGGAGUUGCCAGAGGGUUGUCCUACUUGCAUCAGAGUUGCCGCGAAUGCAUCAUACACUGUGAUGUUAAGCCAGAAAACAUACUUGUGGACGCAUCCUUUGCUCCCAAAGUUGCAGACUUUGGAUUGGCAGCGUUUGUUGGAAGGGAUUUUAGCCGAAUUCUGACCACAUUCAGAGGAACCAAAGGUUAUCUUGCUCCAGAGUGGCUUACCGGAGUUGCUAUUACACCAAAAAUUGAUGUUUACGGCUUCGGCAUGGUAGUGAUGGAGAUCAUAUCCGGAAGCAGGAAUUCACCUGAAACACACAACAGUAGCAGCAGCACCAGUUACCACGCUGAAUAUUUCCCUGUGCAAGCCAUCAACAAGCUUCAUGGGGGAGAUGUGAAGAGUUUGGUGGAUCCACGGUUGCAUGGUGACUUCAAUUUGGGAGAGGCUGAAAGGGUUUGCAAAGUUGCAUGUUGGUGCAUUCAAGAUAAUGAGUUUGAUCGGCCGACGAUGGGUGAAGUGGUCCGGGUUCUCGAGGGUCUGCAGGAAAUUGAUGUGCCCCCGAUGCCAAGACUGCUUGCAGCUAUAACGGCGCAACCUGGUGCUGCAUAUUCAGUGUAAUUAUAACUCACAGUCGAUGCUAAUAAUCUUUGUUAAUUUCAGCAAAUUUUAAAGUUGUAGUAAUGUCGAGUGGAAGAAAUAAAGGCAAGCAUUGUAGCAAAAUAUGGCAGAACUACCAAUAUGUGUUUGUUUUGUUGAUUGGAUAGUUCAAUAUAUAUCCUUAAAUCCUUACAUCGAAGGAAGCUGUCGAUUUAUAUGUAUGCCACUACUGGUUCUUCAUCGAGAGCACACAUAGCCUGGGCGUGCCUCAUGCUCACUCCAGGAUGUGACCUUCUGACAUGGCACCGGCAGCCUGGCCCCACACUUGCUCGAUGAAAUGUGCGGCAGGCUUCAAUGCUGGCAUGGCUGUGAAGGAAAAAAGGGUACACAUGAUAUAAUGAAUCCAGGUUGAAGACGGCCAAAGCUGAUAUCACAGUAUGUAAUAUGUUGAUUAAUUCCCCAUAUAAAUUCACUCGAUGUGUGUUGAACUUUCUGUUAUGGCCUUCUUCUUUUGAGGAUAUGGUUUCCUUUUAAGUUUCUUGGAGAUUGUAGUGAUGAUACAGCUCUUGUUUCAGAUUCAGCAUGUUACAUAAACAAGGAACGGAAUGCAUUGCCACUGUUAUUUCGUUCUAGAGAUUGUUUUUGCUCCAAAGUAACUUUGCUAAUCAUGAGGUUAUUACAUAGAACCCGUAGAAGAAAACAACCAGAGUAGACGAGAAGGUGUUGUAUAAAGAUGACAGUGACAUUCAUAACCCUGCUAGGAAGAGCACAGAAGUGCUCUGGCUGACAGUGACAUUCAGUCCACGCUGACAAAGCAGCGAAGAAGCAUCCUCCUACUGUGAAGACAACACCUUGGGUUUUAAUAAGCAUCCUAAAAUUUGCAAAUCUGGUCAUGUUUACCUUGGGAGGCAUAGGCAUCUGGAACGAAGCAUGAAGCACAAGCUUCUCAAGGUACUGCAUUGCACUGUGCUUACACGCUCAUACUAAAUUUCCGAGACAAAAGGCUGCAGCAACUCAUCCUCAAUAAAAACAGUGCAGACUAAAUAGUUGUUACUGUCAAUGAAAAGAAUCACCUCUGCAAGAGCCUAGGGUACACAUCCUCUGCAUGAACCUAACUACACUUGAACCUAGCUGAACAUCUCCACUGCAAACCAAAGCACCAUUCAGCUUCAGCACGAAGCCACGAACAGUCAAGGGAAAUAAGGAGCAUAACAGAGGAUGAAGGUUACUAUUAUUAGCUUGCUUAGGCAAGAUGCGAGGUACCCCCUCUGUUAAGAAAUAUAAGAGCGUCUAGAUCACUAUUCUUUACGGAGGGAGUACAGAUUAAAUAGUUGUUUUCAGACUGCACCUAGUCAAGAGACUGCGCAUAAGCUGUAUAAUCGCCUGGUAUGUUCAAAUUUAUGUAUUUUGCCAUUUUUCGUAUUCUGUCAAUGUUGAAGAUGCAUCCUACUGUACUUUCUGGGUGCUAUGCUAUAUUUCCUUUUGUUCUAAACUUGGAAAUACUAUAGGGGGAAAAGCUUGCCAGUUUGGUUCCUGACUAAGUUGCUUUGUUUUUUACAUUAUAUGUAGAUUUAACCACCAUCACCACUUGCAAGUUUGAUGCAGGUACUUGACUAGCUUCAGAAUAGGCGCCACCACCAAUUCACAUCAGAAGUAAAGAUAUUGGACGGCCAGGACAUUGUUACGAAAAGCAAAGGCAUCGAUUACCAUGCUAGUGUCAUGGGUCAUCUGAAAUGAGCGCAACGCAAGAGUGUCAGGCAAAAGAGCGCACCUCCGCAAAUCUUGCUCAGCAUCAUUGAAGACGAGGCAAACCUUUGGAUCAAAGCUGGGGCAAAGAAACUAGGGUCUUUUUUAUUACGAGAAUAAUUGCCAUGCCGUAACUUGGGUGUGUGUUGUAACAAACUCUCUCUCCUCCUUAUUUAAUAUAUGAGGUGCCUCCGUUUCAAAAAAAAAAAAACUACUGGCUACUAAUUGGUCAGUUCGAAUCCAAGGUGACGUGCAAGCUCUGAAGUCUGAAGUCUGAACUGACAACUCCUUCACGCGUCCAAGACUUUUCCAGCAGCUGUAUAUUCAACCGCCCCUAAUAAAAUAGCCACUAAACUACUCCAAUCAACGUGGCACGUACAGCGACGCUCGAAGACUUCCCCGGUUACGUAGGACUGAAGAACAGAGCAACUGAACGAGUCGUCGGCUGACAUUUCUCUGCUUGCACCACACACAGCCCACAAGCCUAUAAAUACAAGAAGCUGACAUAUGAUCAAUCAAUCAAGAAGCUCGAUCGAGCAGCUACGAUAGUGCGGGCGCUGGGUCUGGCUGCUGGCUCGGCGCACUACGCGCCCAGCAAUGUUGUGGGUCUAGCUUUGGGCUUUGUGGCUGCGCUUGCCAUCGUGGCCAUCGCCGUGUUUGGCUGCGCCGGCCACAAGAAGCGUCCCGCGGAUAAGAAGCGCAGACGUCGUCGCGGAGGCGGAGGCGACGGCGGCGGAGGAGGGGAUGACGGCGGCGGAUAUGGGGACGGUGGGGGCGGAGGUGACGGUGGUGGUGGUGGCGGCGGUGGAGGUGACGGCGGGGGCGGAGGAGGCUGCUAAGGAAAGUCGUCGUUCUUGAGGCAGAGAUAGAAACACAAUUGCAUUGUCCACCUUGAUAUAUACUAUUACUCCCUCUGUCUUAUUCUUAAAGACGGUUUUUUGACAGUAUCAUAAUGUCAAAAAAGGGUCUUACCUUUUGAGACAGAGGGAUUACUUUUGUGUUGAAUUUUCAUGGUACUUGACUGGUCAGAUUAUUUUGUAAUUUCGGCCAUACCUAUGUAAGUGUGUUCUUGCAAUCUUUUGGCAGCAUUGGUUGAAUGCCGGCCUUAUUUUUCAUGUUC